ACUUUCGUAUCGAAUGUUUUCAAACAAAUUACUAUCAUGUAGUAUCAAUACAUGAAUGUGAUCAUGUAAAUGUUAAUAUAAUAUAUACUGGUAUCCUGUCAUGAACUCUUAAGCCGAGAUUUUUGAGUUAAAAUGUAACUUAUGUAAUCUUUUUUUUUUUAAUUAAGCAGCUAUGGACAGGCUGACGGUAAUAUCUGGAGCGUUGUUCCUAGCGGCUAAUGUUUUCGCCAUCAUUAGUUUGACUUUACCCGAUUGGAUAGUGUCAGAUGUUGGAGGUAAUACAAGACUUGGCCUUCUUCGAAAUUGUAUGACAAUCUAUGGUCGUCAGCAGCUUUGCUUUUCUCCAAGUUUGCAGCCAGAAUGGAUGCUAUCAUUAAUAUGCAUCAUAAUUGGUUGUAUUUGCGUGUCCACUACAGUGGGCUUACUAAUGUUGUCUCAUUGGAAUGAACAAGUUGUUCCUUAUGCUAGAUGGGUCGGGUUUUCAGCAAUGGUCCUGUUUUGUUUAGCUGCUGUAAUUUUUCCUAUGGGUUUCACCAUGGAAGAAAUCGGUGGAGAAGCAUAUCAGUUACCGAGUAGCCACCAGGUUGGGCUAUCCUACAUAUUUUUCGUAUUAGCAUUGUGGAUAACAGUAAUUUCUGAACUGUUUGCCGGUAAAGUUUGUAUGCCUCAUUUUUAAAGUUCUAAAACUAACUGGUGUAUUAUAGAUUUCUCAACUAAUUGUGUUGGGCCACAAAUCUUUAAAAAAAAGUAUUAAUGUAAUUAUAAAUAUUGUUUAUUUUAUGUAUUCAUGUGCACAGUUUUCUCAAUAUAUAAACUAUACUGCUAUGAAUUUGAAAUGCUUAAAAGGCUGGGAUAAUUAUUGUGUAUAUAAAGCAUUAUGAAAUGAAUUUUUUAUUUAUGAUAAAUUUGAGUAUCUUAACAAUCUUGUAUUAGUUAAUUAAAUAAAAGUUUCAGACUUUAUUGUUUCAUAUAAAAUAAAGUUAUCAUUAAAGACAAUGAUUCAAAUUUAUUUCCUUUUCUAUUCAUAGAAAAACUUGACACUUUUUGUGAACAUAACAAGCUGAUGGAAUAUGCAGUCUUUUAAAUUAAGUCAUUUACACUUACAUAAUAAGGGGAAAGCACAGAAUCACCCACUGCUUCGUGCAUUUCUCAAAAUUGCCAACUUGAAAAUAACAAGUCAAAGAUUUGCACAAACUUAGUAUCCAUGUACACAUCGACCUAUUUUCACUUAAAAAAAUAGAGACUUGCACAAACUCGGCAUUACAGACUUUCUUGACUUUGUCCAUGUACACCUCGAUGCGUGCCAUGUAAGUGGCCAAUUCUCCAUCAACUUGAAAAUAACAAGUCAAAGAGUUUCGCGAACUCGGUAUCCAUGUACACAUCUAUCUAUUUUCACUUUAAAAAAUAUCAGAGAAUUACGCACUUCCUUGACUUUGUCCAUGUACAUAUUGAUAUGUGUCAUAUAAGUGGGUGAUUUACUACAUAAUUAUUUUAAUUUUGAAAUCUUCUGUGGUAAAUAUUUCUGUAAAAUAAUUACAGUUAUAUUGCUUAACUGAAUCUGACUGUUACCACAGUUUUGUAAAAUAUGUGCAGAAGUAGAUUGCAUAUAAAUAUGCUAAUAUUUUGAAUCAUAUGUAUGAUAUUUAUUGCUUUGAUGUAAGGUAAAUGUAAAAACUUCAAAUGUAAAUCAUGGUACUUUGUUCAUGUUAUCAUGUAGACAAAAUGUCCAAGGGUAUCUGCCUAAGGAAAGUAAAAACUAACUGGCUUGUAUUCUUCUGUGGAUUGUUAAGCUUUGCUUGAAUAUUGAUGUAGAAUGAAAUCUUAUGCUUAGAGUAAUAUUAAUAUUUAAAAAAGGCUUAAAACAUGAUGAUAUUUAUAAUUAUUAGUAACCAGUACAAAUACAAAAAUCAUCAGAAUAUAUGUCAUAGAAAAAUUUCGAUACUUCCUUAUUAUAGUGGGCCCCAAAAUUUAAUAUAUAAUCAACCAAAAUGUGACAUGUAGCGAGGUAUAAGAACACAUGGCAAGAUAUAUUGAUUGAUUAGCGCUUCAGUCUUGGGGAGGGGGGCCUCUAUAAUAUGGAAGUGCCAUAAUUUCUCUAUAAGUGAUUACAGUUUUUCUUAAUAUUAAGACUUUUGAUAAUAAUGAGAGGUAUUGAGAAAUGUAUUAGCACUUCCCACCAUGUGAAUGAGUUACAUUCUGAACAGCCAUUCAUACCAUGAAUUUAUUUGAAAAAUGUUAUCAAGUUUGCUAUGCAUAUUUCCUAACAAUGUUUUGGAGAUAAGAACUAUAAAUGCAGUCAAAUACACAAUUAAAUAUGGGCCUCUAUAGUAUGGAAGUGCCAUAAUUUCUCUAUAAGUGAUCACAGUUUUUCUUAUUAUUAAGACUUUUGAUAAUAAUGAGAGGUAUUGAGAAAUGUGUUAGCACUUCCCACCAUGUGAACGAAUUACAUUCUGAACAGCCAUUCAUACCAUGAAUUUAUUUGAAAAAUGUUAUUAAGUUUCCUAUGCAUAUUUCCUAACAGUGUUUUGGAGAUAAGAACUAUAAAUGCAGUCAAAUGCACAAUUAAAUACUGAAACAAGUAAAUAAUACAUUUUAAACUUCGAAUACAGUAUAUUACUAAUAAAUAAGGAAUCACUUUCAUGUUAUAAACCUGUCAGUAUGUUUUUUUAAUUGCAAAUAAUUUCCAGUUAUAAGUAUAGUUUACAGAUGGGGGAGGGAAAAAAGCCACAUGUGCACACCUACUAACAAACAUACCACAUGGCAGAUGAUGGCCAAUAAAUCAUCAUCUGCUAUACACCAAAAGGCCUGUCAGGUGUAUUACAGAAAAAUACCAAAUAACUUUAUUGUGUAGUAUGUACCUGGAAUUGUUUACUCAAUUUUAAGCAUAUAAGGAUAAGGCUAGCAGAUUUUUACAUGGGUGGGAAUGAAGCAUUGUUUGACAUGCCCUCUGGAGACUCAUCAGCAAGUAAAAGGGGCGUUCGGUAUGAAGAGACUGUAUGAGAGGUGGAAUGAGUUGGCAUGUUAGAUUGGCCAGCAACACCAAUUUCUGAUGUGUCUUUUUUUAAAACAUAAUUGUCUAAACUUGUCUGAGCAGGUUUUCUUUUCUUUCACUGUAAAUAAGAUGAAAGCACUGUACAACAUCGUGAGCAGCAGACUUUAGCAAACCUUUCAGAAUUUGGUCUUGUUUUUAAAAAAAUCUGAGGCUCUGAAUUCGUUUUGACGCCAAACAAGUUUUAUUUUUUUAGAAUAAGUCUUCUGCUUGUAUGCAAAAGUUUAUAAGGUGGGAAGUGCCUGUAUAUAUAAAAAUUAAAGUAAAAUAAUGUAAUAUAAAAUACAGUUUGUUUCUUAUGUCUAAUGCUUAAUUCCUGUUACUUUAAUUUUCUUAUUUCUUGCAAUUUUUUUUUUUUUUUUUUUUUUUUUUUGAUAAUUUUGCAGACAUUGAUAAGCAAAUAAAUGUGAAAUUUGACAUUACCAAUAUAUUUAGCAUGCAGAAAAUUGCAUUUUGAAAAGAAUGGCUUUCAUUUCAUGAAAGUAAAUUUAUGGCAUAAAGUAGAUUUAAAACUGUUUUGCAAAUUUCAUGUUAUAUGAUUUGUAUAGAAUUUGUUUUUAAAAGACAUUUGAUAAUAAAAUUGGAUGCUACUCUUGCA